AUACUGUAGUUUAUAUGUAAGUGAUUCCCAGUUAGUAUUGAAAUUAUGGAUCUAUUAUAUGGCAAACAUAAAGAAAAUUUUGGAUUUGGCGGACAAAACACAUCUGAACGUUUAAGACCAUUACGGCUCAAAUGUCGGCAAUUAAUGAAAACAAUAAAUUUAACAAAUGAUACGCUUUUGAAAAUGACAUCAAAUGCUAACAAUAACAACACUGAUGACAAUCAGGAAGACGAGUACAAACAUCUCAAGAGUUAUAUAUCAAUACUCGUUAAGAUCGGUUCCAAACGGUUCUCUCAAUUCAAGACAUUGAGAAAUAAGAUAUCGUUUUUGAUGAAAGAGUUGGAACGCCUGCCGGAGACUAACUUCGAGAAAGAGGUGACCAAUGAAGACAUGUCUAGAUUUAUACUAUCAGUUGAUAAUCUCGUGAAAGUUGAAAAUCUUUGCGAAGAACUUGAAGACACUUAUGAACAAAACAAAUUGAAAAGAAAACGUAUGGAUCAGAAGUUGUAUCAUCUAUGGGAUCAAUUGGAAGUUAACGCAGUUUACAGACAACACUUUUUAAUUGCCGCAAAAGGAUGUCGGCCGUCGGCACUUAUGGCCAUUGAUAAAGAGAUUAACAAAUUUAAGUCAUUAAUGACUAACAAAACAAAUAAAGAAAAAAUUGAAGAAAUGCGUCAAAAAUUAUCAAAUUUGUAUAUAAAAAGCUAUAUAUCUGAUGAACAAAGAAGUCGAUUCCAGACGUUUAUGGAGUCCGAAGAAUAUACAUACGAGUUAUGCGAUUAUCACGAGUUAGAGCUCCAGAAGUAUCAGCAGUACUAUGAAGACAAUCGACAGACAUUUGAAACGUUGUAUGAAUGGCACCAAUUGGUCAGUCGAUUGUCUGAACUUCAAGACAGAGGACGAGAUAUCAAACGAUUUCAUAAUCGCGGCGGUGCUCUGUUGGCUGAAGAAAGAGAGAAAUCAACUAUUAUUAAGAAAAUACCGAUUAUUGAGAAUAUGGUAUUGAAAUUAAAUGAACAACAAGUUGUCAAAUGUCGGCAACAGAUCAAAGUCUAUGAUAUUCCUGUAAAAAAUUAUUUUGAAAAUCAUAAGAGAAAUGCAAUGGAAAUGAAUAAACUAAAGAAAUGAAUGUAUUUUAUAAAAGUAAAAUUUAUACAAUA